AGACGUAUGUACACUACGAGAUAACUGCUGUCGAAUUCUACUCUGUCGGCCUGGGGAUAUGGCAAUUGACGUCAUCAUUUUACUGCGCCGAACCUCUUGAACCCCUAUUGUUUCUUCAUUUCCGAACCACCAUGCCUACAUUUGAAUCCAUCGCCGACUUGCUCGCCUCGCCAUUUGACCUCGAUCUUCCAUCCGAAUAUACAACACUCUGGGAUAUCCGAACUACAACAAUGACAUUUUACAUGAACGGGCACGAUACGGACUUCCGGACUGUCCACUCGGUCUAUCCAUCCCUAAUGGAUUGCGUUCUUCGUAGCUUGGUAUCGCCAUGUUCCGUUUACACGAACUUGCGAGCAAUUUAUAUACCGGCGAUCAGCAAUUACACAUCAGGGUUCUUUGAUGAAGAUGCACUCAGGGAAUUUGAGGAGAAAGUCAUUGAAGCUGCGCAGAGUCUACGGGCCCAACCACUUUCGAUAUCUCUCACAAUGGAACCAUUCAUUCAUAAUGGACAGAAAUUUGCCAAGCAAUUGGACCACUCUAAGGAACCCAGCAUUCUCUUCUCACCCAUCCUCGACAUCAUGUUGAGGAAAUGCACCUCUUGGCAAGAGCGUUGCCACAUUCUCGCGCAGGGCUUAAUUGUCUGCUGUAAGGAGCUCGGACAUAUGCUUCCCUGCUUCGUCGAUACAAAAGAUGUCAAACAGAUAUAUGACAAUUGUGAGUUUCUCUGGGCCUCGCAAGUGGAUAAUAGUAUGGGCGAAGGCAGUGAGUUGGUAGAGGACGAUAUAACCGGUGGCAACAAUAUUUCGAUCCUCAAUGAUAUUGGUGUGUUCACCCAGAAACAUACCUGUGAAACGUAAAUUCUUGAUCAAUACCCAUAUCAACAUAGCUAGCACUGAAGAUUUGCGCACAAUUCACUCCCAUCAUGCACAUGGCUUUCGUAUUACUGGAAGCCCCAUGAAAAGCCCUCUAGUAGUCGUAGUCAGCGACGAUAGAGUUAUUUCAUUCCUCAGGUUUUUCCUUGAAGAACGUGAACAUAGUGUGGUCCCAAUUCCUUUACUCCCAAACACUGACUGGAUAGCUCAUUUUCC